AUGUCUGUCCAAGACACCAAGACCGUGUCUGAGUAUUCUCUCACCACAAGUCUACGCUCCAGUCCAAGUGCCAGAGUGGCAUGGACCUGCCCGCACGCCAAGAUACUCAUGCUGAAGCAUCUAGCCAGCCUGAAUCUCUACCAGCCUGGUUGCGUGGAGAAUACGAAUGUGACGUAUAGAGUCAUCUCCCGCCUGCUUGUCCUCUUUAGUCAGCUUGAAGAACAAGGGGCGGUCUUGUCCUUCAUGAAUGGAAAGACCUGGGGGGCCAAGUGGCAGGAAUACACCAAGACUUGGAACAACGCUCAUUGGAAUGGGGAUACAUGCCCUCCGCGGGACGACGCGACGGAUCCUUGUCCAUUCGACCACGGCCAGGACCACAAGAAUAACGACGAGACACAGCACCCGGCUAAUGACAACCGGACAGUUCCCUCCCCUUUCGACGAUAACGACGAUCUGAGUGACCUCUCGGUCCAAUCUACAGUAAUGCAUGAUCGUUGCGAAGAUCUCAUCGACAUGGCAUCGAGUCUCAGCUUGGAAGGCUCAGUCAUCAACCCUUUGCCAUCUCACGUUACUGCGCAGUCACCCCGAACCAUCCUCUCCACCUUUGAGGGCUACGCCAAAAGCCAUAAGCCGACCUCUGUCCAGCCGCAGACUGGGGUUGACCGCAGCCGCUGUCGCAUCGCUCCUAGCGAGGACCGUUCUAGUUCAACUGCUUCCAAAUACAGCCCAUAUAUGUCCAUGCCUCCCCAACAGCUCAGUAGGGUCGAAGAAUGGGUUGCUCAACUCGACUUGGGGGGCAGCAGCCAAGGUUCUACAAGCUCCAUCCGUCACCGGGGGGGCGGACGCGAACGCGAAAACCUAGCAAUGCUGACGCCUCUAUCCUCCACAGGAAAUAGCAUGGGCAUAACAGAGAAUAACUACAGGCGUCUUUGCAUGGCCAUCGAGGAGGUUGGGGGAGCCAAGACGGAGCUACUUCACAUUUACUACUCUCAAGGGGAAAGAGCGAUUGUUUCGGUGCGCGAGCAUUUAGAAGGCAUGAUGGACCUUAGUCCCCUCCAUGGCCGCAGCAUGGAGGAUCUUGGCGCCUUGUUUUGUUCGAUGAAGGCUAAAUUGAUGAGAAUGCCAGAGGCAGAUUGGGAUACUGCAGAUACAAAUGAAGUUGGAGAGAAGGAGGCUCAGUUCGAAAGCGCUCAGCAGAGGUUGCACUCUCUAGAAGAGAGGGUCCGUCUCUGGAAAGACUUGGACAGCUAA